AUGAGUGUACUUUUAGCUCUUCUUUAUACUAAUAUUGCUCAAACUAGUUAUUCAGAAGAUGGAAAAAUACUCACAUAUGUUACAGAUUCAUCACCAUAUCUCAGAAUAUCAGCUAAAUGCGAGAUUAUACAAGAUUACUGUUUUAAACAACUAAAUUCAUUAAUCUCAUUUUCAUUUGAGUAUAAUCCUAACCUAAUAACAAUUGGCUACCAAAGUUUUUAUGAAUGUAUGAAUCUAUCUUCUAUUAAUUUAUCACCUUGCACAAGACUUAUAAAAAUAUCUGGUUAUGCAUUUUAUGGUUGUGAAAAUGUUUCUGAAAUACUUUUACCAAAAGGACUUGUAACAAUAGAACAUAAUGUAUUUUCAAGUAACAAAUUAUUAACAACUAUUAUAAUACCAGCAUCUUUAGAAAAAUUAGGUGGAAGUACUUUUAAUGUCUGUCUGAAACUUGCAAAUGUUAUUAUCGAAGAAGGUUCAAAAUUGACUUCAUUAGAAAGUGCAGUAUUUUGGGGUAUUAAUAUUACUUCGUUCCAAAUUCCAGAAAAAGUCACCAAAGUUAAUGGAAUUGCAUUAGAUGAUAAAAUAGGUAAUCUAACAAUUCAUCCAAAUAACGCACACUUAAAAUUAGAAAAUGGUAUGAUUUUAUCAGCAGAUAAAAGUAUUUUAUUCUAUGUUUGUGACAAGACUUCAGAAAUAUUUACUAUUCCAAAUUAUGUUUCAAUAUUAGGGGAUAGUUGCUUAUAUGGCUCUAAUAUUGCAUCAAUAUCUUUUCCAAGCUCUGUUACUACAAUUGGAAGUAAUUGCUUUUCAAAUUCAAAACUCAUUACAAUUACAAUUCCGAAAAAUAUAAAGAGAAUCGAAGCAUGUGCUUUCUUUUCAUGUGAUUAUUUGAUAAAUGUCAAAUUUUCAGAGCCUCUUGAUUACAUUGGUGGCCAGGCAUUUGAUUAUUGCAAAAAACUCGAACUCUUUAUUUUUCCAGAUUCUCCAAUGAUUGUUAAUGCUAUUUUCAUUACGAUGAACUCGUUAAAAGCAAGUAUGUCAUUCACAUGCAAAUGCUUUUUUGCUUAUUAUGCAAUUAAAAGAAAUACAAAUGUAUCAGUUUCAUAUCUGGGUCAAUCAAAUCUUAUUAUGGAUACAAAUGCGCUGGUUAUGGAUUCUGAACAGACAUAUAUCUAUGAAUUUUGGGGAUGUAAUUUCAAAUCAUUAGUAAUACCUAAAUCAGUAACAAAAAUCAAAACAAAAGCAUUCGAAAAUUCAGAUAUUCCUUAUAUAAAUUUAACUACUGAUUCAUUGCUCAAUGAAAUUGAAAAUUAUGCAUUUAGAAAUUGUUCAAAACUAGUUUUAUUAAAUUUUUCAUCUAAUAGACUGAAAACAAUAGGUAUAGAAUCAUUUAAAGAUUGCAUAAGUUUGACAUCUGUGAGUUUUGCUUCACCAAAUUUAGUUGUCAAGAAAAAUGCAUUUGAGAAUUGUAAAAGUUUAGUAGAUUUGAACAGUAUAUCAGAUAUACCUGAUUAUCUAUUUAGAGGAUGUCAAAGUUUGAGAAAUAUCAAUAUUCUAGAUAAUUCAAUUUUUAUUGGAUAUAAAUCAUUUGAGAAUUGUUAUUCAUUAGAGAGUAUAAGAAUUCCAUCAUCUAUUAGAACUAUCUCUGAAUAUUCAUUCAUGAACUGCAAUCGUCUUAGUUCAAUCAAGAUUUCCGAAAUAAAUAAUUUAGAGAAAAUAUCGAACAAUUCAUUUUCAGGGUGCAGUUCGCUUCAAAGCAUAAGUAAUUUUGAGUCAGCUAAAUAUAAAUGCAUUGAUAAUACUCUUUAUUAUAAAAAUGAAACCGGAGAAUAUCUCAUGUAUCAUGCAAUCAAUUCGUUAGAUCGAACUCUUUUUAUCAACUGCAAAGUUAUAUGCAGUUACUCUUUCAACAAAUGCAACAACAUAAAUAACAUCAGCAUUACUUCAGAUAGUGUUUCAUUGAUAGAAAAAUAUGCAUUCAACAACUGCAAAAACCUUAACUAUAUUAAUUUUCCUAAUUCAGUUGAAACUGUUGAAUCAUUUGCAUUCAAUGAAUGUCCAUCUAUUCGCUGUCCUCUUAUUAUUGAGAAUAAAUCUGUUGAAUAUAUUAAAAUGAUAAUCGAAUCAGGAAUUUCUCCAAGGCUUCUGGUUAAAUGCCAUGUUGUUCAUGGAUCUAACAAACUUAAUGCACUUAGAAGUAUAUGUAAUACUUCAGCCAGGCUUUUUUGGAAACAUAUGGGUAAAUAA